CGAUGAAACUAGUUUAGGUCAAAAACUCAGAAUUUGGAAUGAAGUUUCUUGAAGAGUGGGCCAAUUUCGAAUUCCGACUCCCUGACUCAUGGCACGGGUAUGAUCAAGGACCUUUGCAGUUACUCCUCUUGAAACUGCUGAUUCCCGAGAGUACUCUUGAGUAUGAAGCCUGUGAAAAAUACUGGAAAAACGCCACUAGCUACGAAACAUAUAUGGCGAUGGUCUAUUGUGUGAGGCAGGCACUGGGAGUGACGAAGACGUGGCCCGGCAAAGUGCAUAUUUUUCGUAAAUUUCACGCCUUCGUUCGCGAUGGAUGGGCUACGAACGGAUAUUGGUGCAAAGCAGAUUUCAUGCUUCACGGAUGGAAAGAAACAAAGCUUGAUGAAACACCUUUCGAAAAGGACAUUGAACUGAGUCUUUGCGACAAAGGUUUGAAGGCAUGGAAAUGGCGAAAAGAAAAGAAAGUGAGCGUGGAAAGAUUGCGCACUGAACUGAAAGGCUCCGAGGACUUCUACCGGGAUUACUUUGCAAAUGAAUCUCGUAUACACCCAUUCCUUGAUGCCUUUAAAAUCAAUGGUUGCUAUCCGAACUGUGACAGUUCAACCAAGUUUUCUUAAUAGGUUAACAUUAAGCAUUAUUAUUGUUGUUGUUGUCAAGAAAAAUAUUCUGGAG